GGUGGGAGUGCCGAGAGCGCGUUGAAAUCCCCGCGUGCAGCAGCUUCUCCCAAGCGGCGGAGUCUUCAUAGAGCCCAGCACCCUCCUUCUCCUCAUCAUGUCAGUCAGUGAGAUGUUCAUCACCUUGCAAGGGGUGCUCACUGCCGACCAGGAUAUCCGCGAGGAGAUAAGGAAAGUUGUUCAAACUCUGGAGCAAACAGCCCGAGAAAUUCUUACGGUGUUACAAGGAGUCCAUCAGGGUUCUGGAUUUCAAGACAUACCAAAGAAGUGUCAAAAGGCUCGUGAACACUUUUCUACUGUUAAAACACAGCUGGCCUCUCUCAAAAUCAAGUUUCCUGCAGAUCAAUAUUACAGAUUCCAUGAACAUUGGAGAUUUGUGCUACAGCGUUUGGUAUUCUUAGCAGCAUUUGUUGUCUACUUGGAGACAGAAACUUUAGUAACUCGGGAAGCUGUUACAGAAAUACUUGGAAUUGAAGCUGACAGAGAGAAAGGCUUUCAUCUGGACAUUGAGGAUUACCUCUCUGGCGUGUUGACUCUUGCUAGCGAGCUGUCUCGACUAGCAGUGAACAGCGUCACAGCUGGGGACUACUCCCGCCCACUCCGCAUCUCGGCUUUCAUCAACGAGUUGGAUUCUGGAUUCCGCCUUCUCAAUUUGAAGAACGACUCCCUGAGGAAACGCUACGAUGGCCUCAAGUAUGACGUCAAGAAAAUAGAGGAGGUGGUUUACGACUUGUCGAUCAGAGGGCUUAACAAGGAGGCCGCUGGUGGGGAGAAAUAGAAAAGGGCUUGUUGAGCAAAAUCCACAGUUACCUCAGUUUUGCUGCCAAUGAUGGAGCAGCUUUCAUUGAGCUCUCCAACAGUAGCUUAGAGGAACCACAAGCUGCAAGCCAUUGUUGUUUUUCCUAAUUGAAUGUUUAGUAUGUCCGAGUGAAAACACUCAAAGCUGUCCUGUGAAAGCCCAUCUAGUGGACUCCGUUUGCAGUGUAAGUCACCAUAGUGUAAUCAAACUGUAAUCUGAAUUGCAGCCAUUGCUGUCCAGUUGCCCUGCAGAACCAAAUGUGGGAAUUAUUUUCCCACUGGAUCACAGGGUUUUGUUUUCUUUCCUGGCCAUGCUUAGCCUAGUCUUUCUGGAUCUCCACAUCAUUCACAUUCAGUGCCAUUUAUGUGCAUUCAGGCGGAGCACUUGGCUGCAGCAAGUAUGUAAAUACCUUUAUCAUUAAAUCCUGGUCAAGACACUUCAUUUUCUACUCCUGCUUGUAAACCACGUUCAUUCUUGUAAAAUUAAGAGUUCAGAUUUAGGAUAAUCGGUUCGAUAGACUUAAUUUAGGGAUUAGUUUUCAAAUAGUCAUCAUUAAACAGUACAUGGAUAUCUUUGUAUUCUUAAAGAAGCUCGUUUUUAGAUGUGAGAAGAGGAAUGAACUAUUCCUUGAAACUUGAAUAGUUGGUUGUAGGCAUGUUCCAAGUUUAUAUCAGCUUCCAAAAAGCAGAAUAGGGCUGGGAAUGUUAAGCACAGAUUUCAAGAAGGCCAGUAGCAACAUAAGAGUGAUGGUGCUAGCGAUCCUUUGGAUUCUAAGUGGCCUGUUUCAUAUUUUGUUCGUUUUGUAUCUUU